AUGAUCGCACAACAUGAGACGGCAGGCACAAUGACAUCCGACCGAGCUCUCAGCCACCACAGGCGACAGGAAAGAAAGCAGACGAGAGAGGCUGCACGUGCAAGACGCAAAGAACGGGAGGACGGUCGAUCCCAAAGUACGAAAUGCUCCGAGGCCAGCCAAGCGAACCAAGCGAACCAGGACCAAGGAUUGGGGGGAAGUUGCAGAGCAACCCAGCUGGGUUGGAGCAGGGCGCACGGGUCAACAAUCCGCAACCCACCACAGCCCCGAGUCCACAAUCCCGUCGGAUUGGCGCUACUGAGGGACGAGGGAGUUGUCACCGCUCAAGGACCAGAUCCUGGGCAUCCCAAGGGUGGUUCACGAGAGGAAGAAGGGGAGCCGCUGGCUGGUUCCCGUCCGGGGGGUCCACGGGCGGUGGGGGAGACAGAAUGGCGGGUGAAGCCGACGGAGAGCACGGUGGGAGUUGCGCAAAAGGGAGGAAAAGGCAGACGUCCAGUGAACCCAAAUGCGACUGAUCCAGAGCCUCGGGUUCCCAGGGCUCCAGGGCUCCCGACUGUGAGUCCCCCUCACCCUCUGGUCAGUGCGCCCUUGGGAAUUGGUGCCAGACGAGCGGAAGGGUGGCAGUCAGCCGGUUGGUCUCCGGCUCCGCUUCUUCCUCACGACUCUUUCCCUCUUGGGCAUUACCCUCCCAUAUCAUGCUCCCCACUCAUUCCAGCCCCUCUUAGGCCAGUUCGGGAUCGACCAGGUCUCCACUGCACCGGGCGGGACGCGGACCGUCUGGGCCUCCUACGACUUUGGGUCCGCUCCCAGGAGUCCCAAGGGCUGGACAGAACCGAACCCAACCCUCAGCAGAAACAGAAUCUCGAGAACACGAGCGGAAUGGGUGCGCUGAGAAGCUUCGCAGCGUGGCGCCCAGUCAGCUCGCGUCGCGUCACCUCUCCUCCGCCCGAAUUCCGCCUUUUCGCCCCCUUCAAGAUUAGUUGUUUUGGGGGGGGGGCGCCCAUGGCCGCGUUCAACGGCGCAACCUCGGGAGUCUGCGUCGGCGCUACCUGGAAACUCUGUGUUGACCCGACUCAUGUCGUGCAGCUAGGGCCGUUGACUGGACCGUACUCCGUCCUGUGUACCCGGUCCCCGUCCUGA